GAGCGAAAAAAUGUAAACAUGCUUAACCAAGUGGCACCUUUCUCUCUCCUCUCCUUCUCUCUCCUCUUCAUUUAUUUUUCAAUCAAAAAUCCUCAAUCCUCAAAACCAUUCUUCGUAACUUCUGCAUCAGUCUAAUCCACCACACUCUCCUCAACUCAAUUUCAUUUCCCGCCCCAUCCUAAUUCCCAAUUUCAGCGUGGGGUCGGGAAAUUAGGGUUUCAACUAUCGAUGCACGUUUUAGGGUUCAGUUAAUUAAUCAAAACAAUGGGAGAGCGAAAGGGGGAAUCAUGGGAAGAGUGGUCAUGGUCACGCUCCGUAAGCGAAACAGUAAACGGGUCACACGAAUUAACGAUAAAGGGUUAUUCUUUAGCUAAAGGAAUGGGUCCCGGAAAAUACAUCACUAGCGACACUUUCACCGUUGGUGGUUACGAUUGGGCCGUUUACUUUUACCCUGAUGGAAAAAAUCCUGAAGAUAAUUCUGUUUACGUUUCAGUUUUCAUUGCACUUGCUAGCGAUGGUACCGAUGUCAGGGCUCUUUUCAAAUUAACGUUGCUGGAUCAAACACCAAAGGGUAACCAUAAAGUUCAUAGCCACUUCGAUCGUCCACUUGAGAGUGGUCCUUAUACUUUAAAGUACAGAGGCAGCAUGUGGGGUUACAAGCGAUUUUUUAGGCGGUCGCUGUUGGAGAAUUCGGAGUAUUUGAAGAAUGAUUGUCUUGUCAUGCACUGCACGGUUGGUGUUGUCAAGACACGUUUUGAAGGUUCCAAACAAGGUGUUAUUGUGCCUGCUCCAGAUAUGGGUCGUGAUUUUAAGAGCUUGUUUGAAUCUCAAGUUGGUUGUGACAUGGUUUUUAAGGUCAAGAGUGAAAGCUUCAAGGCUCAUAAGUUGAUUCUUGCUGCCCGUUCGCCUGUGUUUAGAGCUCAGUUUUUUGGACUUGUUGGGGAUCCUUGCUUAGAGGAAGUAGUGGUAGAAGAUAUCGAGCCCUUUAUCUUCAAGGCAAUGCUUCUCUUCAUUUACUCCGACAAACUUCCUGACAUCGAUGAGGUUAUGGGCUCUAUACCUAUGUGCUCUUAUACUGUCAUGGUGCAGCAUCUCUUGGCUGCUGCUGAUCUCUAUAAUCUUGACAGGCUAAAAAUGUUAUGUGAAUCAAAGUUGUCUGAAGAAAUCAAUACGGAGACCGUAGCCACAACACUUGCCCUGGCCGAGCAACAUCACUGCCCACAGCUCAAGGCAAUCUGUUUAAAAUUUAUUGCAAAUCCGACAAACUUGGGAGCUGUAAUGCAAUCUGAAGCUUUUUUACAUUUGAAAGAGAGCUGCCCCUCAAUGUUAUUGGAAUUGCUAGAGACAUUUGCAUCAGUGGAUGAUAACUCAGGUCCAACGUUGACCAGGAAGAGAAGUGGCAGUAGCAUAUAUGGGCAAGAUUUAGCAGAUGGAGGGGCUGCAGAAUCAGUUAAUCCAAAUGGAAGGCGUGUCAGAAGGCGGACAUAAAAGUAGUUUACAGUCUGGAUCUUCAACCUUGAAAGACAAAACCCUAGUUAUGGAACUGCCUGUCAAUAUGAGUAAUUUACGGUUUUCUUUUCUCGUGAACCCAGACCUUUCAUGCGUGAAGUUUCUGCCCUUCCUACCUUGUCUCAAGUGGCUACUCUGGACAGCAUUUUAAAUGGUAGUCUGACAUUAGCACAGUUCUAAAUUUCUAAUGUAGGGUAUAUCAUGUUUUAUGAGUUUAAUAAAAGGUAGUAAAUAGUUGAUAUAUUUGUUUUCUAAAUGAUGUCUUGAAAGGAAACACGUUUCCUUGAUAAGUUAUAUAGAUGAAUUGUAGAAUUUUCCCCAUUUUGUUUCUCCUAUAUAUAAUCAUGAAUUUGGAGUUGAAGUGUCUGGACUUUGAACUUAAAA